GUCAAACCAUUCAGAUCGAACGUUUCCGCACAAGUUGAGGGCGCAUCGGUGAACGCACGUGACAAAACGAGAAUUUUGUGUUUUGGGUUUUAUGUUUCGCUGCUGGAAAUGAAUGCAUUUAAAUGCUGAGUGACAGACUAACUGCGGGACUGACAGUGACAGUCUGACCACUGUCAUCAGUGUAUGAUUUCAAUGUCAUAUCAAGUGUAAUUCCCUGCGAACGAACGACUCCCAUACGAAUUAUCUUUGCAGCAACUACGACUACUACAACGGCAGCAAAGUAAAUAAAAUGCAUAGAUAAUUGUGUAGGUGUGCAGCAUACAGUCUCCAUAUGUGUAUGUGUGCGUGUGUGUGUGUGUGUGUGUUGGCAAAUACUAUUCAAAUGAUUUAUAUUCAACUAAUCAAUAUUUGGUCAAAGACAAUAAAAGAAAAUGAAAAUUGUAAAUUGCAUUGGCAUCAUCAGCAGCAGCAACAGCAUCUGUCGCCUCAGCAUCUUCAUCAUCAUCAUCGAUGUCUUGUUCUUGGCAAAAUUAUCAACGGCCACAUUAAAUGCAAAAGGCGAACCCAUCGAAAUUCUAUUCCUCAUCCGGAGUCAACCCACUCCGCCACACAGUCAAUUAGGUCAGCAUCUCAAGGAGAAUCUCACCAGGCAAGCAACGCAGCUGCAGCCCGACUACAACAUCAAAGUACACAUCUUGCAUGAAUUAUUCAAUUAUCCUGGGCAAUGGACAAUACUACACAUCAUGUCACAUCUAAUGGCCGGCCAGGCCAUGGGGAUAACAACAACAACACCACAGCCAAGCACAACAACUAAACAAAUUGACAAUGGAAUGGAAUUAAUAACCAAUCUGACCAGAUGGAUAAUCUUCUGUGAGGAAACGACCAGCAUUAAUGUGCGUCAACUCCUGGCAAGAUUAACCGACGAAAAUCACAAACAGCCUUUGUUUCUAGGCCAUCCAUUGUACGAUCGGGAACCGACAAUAAUACAUCACUUUGCAUUUUUCGAGAAUCCCAAAUGGUUUCCAUAUCCAAUGUUGGGCGCCGGUGUCGUGUUUAGCUUGCCGCUGCUUAAAAGCAUUGCCGACAUUUUUGGCCACCACAACGAAAAUCAGCAGCCUCCGCUUCUACAUUCCGAGUUUAGCAUCGAUGCAGCCCAUGAGCUGGCUCGUUUCAUUUAUGAUAAUGUCCAAGUGUCAGAAGCAGACGAACUCCAAGCCGAGGUAGUCGAAGAAGAAGAUGUUAAGCCUGUAAACACAGCGAGAACAUCAUUACUAAAUGAUAGUAAAAGUCCUGAUGUCACUAUCCAUUACCGAACAGCUAGCAUUGGCAUAGCCACAACAAAGCUCCAGCAACAUCCGCACACACAGGAUGACACAGUACAAUCUAAGGCCAACACUCCACCAGCCAUGGAGGAUGAUAACACGCAUCCCCAUCACCAGCAUCAGUAUCCUCCUCGUCGUUAUGAUGAUGGCGUUGAUAAUACCUCUGAUUUGCGACAUCCUAAUGAAAUCAUUGAUGAGGCUGGGUCAAAGGUUUUGCCUCUGCGACGGGGCAAAAAGAAAACGAAGAAAAUAAUUUUAAAGAAAGCUCCAUACAUCUGUCCCGAAGCCAACUGGGAGACCGGAAACCCAAUGUCGAACAAAGCAUGUGCCAUGUAUGCCAGAGCACAAAGCAAGUCAUCAACAUUGCCCGAGUCAUGUAUACCAGCCAAGAGGGAUGAAAUCUAUUUUGCCGUCAAAACUUGCUCGAAAUUUCACAGGGAACGUCUACCGAUAAUACAGACCACUUGGGCGCCAUAUGCAAAGCAUAUCCACUAUUUCAGCGAUACUGAAGAUGUCAACAUACCAACAAUCAAUACUGGCAUUGCAAAUGUUGAAAUGGGACAUUGUGCCAAAACGUUACAAAUUCUUAAAUUGGCUCUGAGGGAUAUUGAAAACCACAACAACUACAACAACGACAACAAUUUUAUCAACAAUAAGAACAACCGACACUAUCAUCAACACCUCAACCAAUCGGGAGGGAAGAAAUCGCAUCAAAUUCGUUGGUUGCUAUUGACCGAUGAUGAUACUUUAUUGAGCGUUUCAGGUGUUUGCCAAGUACUCGGUUGUUACAAUUCAAUGGAUGAAAUCUAUCUGGGCGAACGUUACGGCUAUCGUCUGCAUGCUCCCGAUGGCUUUAAUUACAUAACGGGAGGCGGUGGCAUUGCCCUCUCGGUGCCGGCCCUCAGACGCAUUGUGCAGCACUGUAGCUGUCCAACGCCGUCGGCACCCGACGAUAUGAUUUUGGGUUCCUGUUUGCACACACUCCAGAUGAAAGCUCUUCAUUCAGCGCAUUUCCAUCAAGCUCGUCCCAGUGAUUACCCUACGGAACGUUUGAAACAUGAUAAGCCCGUAUCCUUUCACAAAUUCUGGCAAAUGGAUCCCCGAGAAAUUUACCAUCAAUGGUUCUUUGACAACGAUGAUCGCAUGCUACUGAGUGAGGCCAAAGCCAUCGAUGAGGAGAUUAAAAAUCACAGAGGUCAUCCUAUCCUAGCUGAGGACAACAUACAAUACUAUCACAAAAAUCGUAAUCUCUUGGCCAAGCCGGAAGAGUUGGAUGAUUUGAAUGUACCUGUAUCGUUGAUAGCCACUCUGCACCAGCACAGCAAAGAGCGGCAUGUCGAUUUGUAGUUGUAAUUAUUUUUGUAAAAAAGAGCUGUAAAUAAAUAAAUAAAAAAGGAUAAAUUGUAAAUAUAUUAAAAAAUUAAAUAAAUAAAAGUUUUCAUGAAAAUUA